GGUAUCUGUUUUGAUACAUUGCAUUUUUCAUUCAUCGAAAAUGUUUAUCUAUACACCUUUACUACUUUUUUUGUCGGCUCUCUCGACUACAGCCACAGGAGACCCGGAAAUCCCUUCAGCACAAAUCACACCAGCCCCUACCACUUUUGAAAGCCUCGCCCUCCGUGAUACUGCUGAGGCUACAACUACUACACAUGGUCCACCCCCCGACAUUGUUAAUGCCAAGCCAACACCAUUCCCUUCCUUCUGCUGUACUUAUAAUAUUACGGAAAAACUCGAUUCCAGCUUUAAAGCGCAUUACGUUCUCAACUUAAAUAGUUUUGGAAACAUAGAUUCGUCCCCCGCACACUCUAGCGAGAGUGGGGCCGUUGAUUGUGUCCCUGGACUCAAGAAUGCGAUUGAUGGAGCUUUUAUGGAAAAAAGCGGAUAUGAAUCGUCAAUUGGGUGUUAUCCAAGUUACGGAGGUAUAAAUGAUACAUAUGUGAAACUAGAAAUGACAGCACCUUCUGAAUAUCAAGGGAAAGCUCUCCUGGAUGUUGUGAGGAAAUGGGCCCCAGGCUGGGCAGCGCCAAGCAUGGCAGCGGCAGGCCCGGUAUCACCACAAUGGAAGGAUCCUCGAACUCUUGUGCCGGAUGAUGCAACUUGUGUGAAGGGUGGUUCAUGCUCUAAACAACAGCUUCCAGAGGGAUAUUGUUUAUCAAACUGUGAAUGAUAAGUUGAAUCUGGAACGAAGACGGAAACGCUUCCAAAUUACUAUCAGAAUGUAUCAAAAUUAGAGAAGCCUGAUGGAUAAGCUACGUGCUAGCAACUGGCCGAUUUCUUUGUUUUACGAUGUCGGUUCUGAUUUUAUUGUAUAAGGAUAGAAGAUGAUUAGGAAAGAAUCAGUUUUAUAUGAUUCUAUCGGAAUUGAGUGUGCUAUGUAACAUGAACUAGCGACAUCAUCGGUGUUAUGUCAAAUUGUACUCGAGUGUCUAGAUACAAGUGGACCAAUAAAACUAGUGCCA